CUGUCUGAGCAUAAUGUGUGCUGAGUCAAAGCUCGUGAGGCUGUCAGAGAGAGAAACAAACUGAGGAAACAGACAGAGAAGUAGAAACUGGGUGAUUCCGUUUAGGAACAGAGAAGGAAAGGAGCGGGGAGCCCAGAGAACAGACCCUGGGGACAAACACUCACUCUGUGACACACGGGCUGAGAGCACGAGCUCCACUCCAGCCAGCUUCUGUGGAGCGUCUGAGAAGAAGUCUGGUGGUUUGUGGGGAGGACUAAUGACAACGUUGCUGGUGUGGGAAAGGGAUCUGCCAUGCGGGCGUCUCUCAGACGGACCUGAGUGGAUAUGUCAUCACUCCUUCUGUGGACUCAGCACAGGAUUUCAUGAGUGAAAGGAGACACGUUUGAUUAAUCUGAAAUGUACAACAACACCAUUCUGACUGAUGCAGCAAACAACUCCACCUGCAUCAAGAAUGAUGGCUUCAAGUACCCGCUGUACAGUACGGUGUUCAGCAUUGUGUUUGUGGUGGGGCUCAUCACCAACGUGGUGGCCAUCUACAUCUUCACAUGCUCUCUAAAACUGAGGAAUGAAACCACCACUUACAUGAUGAACCUUGUUCUGUCUGACCUGCUGUUUGUCUUCACGCUCCCUCUGAGGGUUUUCUACUUCAUCAACCAGAACUGGCCAUUCGGGAGCGUGCUCUGCAAGUUCUCCGUCUCGCUCUUCUACACCAACAUGUAUGGCAGCAUCCUCUUCCUCACCUGCAUCAGCGUGGAUCGUUUUCUAGCCAUCGUGCACCCUUUCCGCUCCAGAGCAAUUAGGACCAAAAGGAAUGCACGGAUAGUUUGUGCCGCAGUCUGGGUGUUGGUGCUCUCGGGGAGUCUGCCCACAGGGUUUUUACUGGAGACCACUUCACAAAGCAACAACAACUCUAACGCCACUUUCUGCUUUGAGAACUUCUCCUCCAAACAGUGGCGGUCUCACCUCUCCAAGGUGGUGAUCUUCAUAGAAACUGUGGGCUUCAUCAUCCCGCUUCUGCUCAACGUCUGCUGCUCCAUCAUGGUGCUGCAGACCCUGCGGCGUCCGCAGACCAUCAGCCGGGGAGGGAAGCUGAACAAAGCAAAGAUCCUACGCAUGAUAAUCGUGCAUCUCUUUAUUUUUUGCUUUUGCUUCAUCCCUUACAAUGUAAACCUUGUUUUCUAUUCCCUGGUGCGCACCAAAACUCUAAAAGGAUGCUUUGUGGAGUCAGUGGUCCGAACCAUAUACCCUAUAGCUUUGUGCAUUGCUGUUUCCAACUGCUGCUUUGACCCCAUUAUUUACUACUUCACCUCAGAGACCAUCCAGAACUCCAUCAAGAGGAAGUCUCAGGUCAACCGUUCGUAUGACGUCAAGUUCUCCGAGGCCCUGCAGUCAGAAACCAGCUCUAACCUGCAGUGCAGUCUGAGGAAUCUCAAAGCUAAAGUCUUCCACAGUGAGUCCUCAGUGUGACACUGUUAUUGCUACGCUUGACAUGAAAGAUGCCGAAAUCCUUCCGUGGAAAACAAACCUCUCUGAGACAAUGGGAAUGGAUUUUCUGGAGUGCUCCGUGGAGCACCUGCCAAAGAAGUAUUAUCCUCAUCUCAGGGCUGAAUGUUAGAGCCUGUCGAUGACGGCCCCACUCUGCAGUAUUAAUGCAACAUGACCCUUUGUUCACAUCUGUGGAUCUGUUCUUACUACUUACUAAUUUCCCUUUCCUGUGGAAUAUACUGUAAUUGUGUUAAGCACAAUUAUUCUGCCAGUGACCUGGAAGGGAAUGUGAUCACUGAACAGCAGGACGUCUGUGAUAUAUUCAAUGCUACAUGUGCCUGUAUCUGUACAUUUCUGUGGUAAGUUGUGGUGCUAACUUUAGAGUAGUAUCUAUUAAAUUAACGUUAUAUCAAGCUUUA